CCUGCAUCACACAUCCGGCAUCACGCAUCCGGCAUCUCCAGCGCUUCUCGCCCAGGGCCAUGUCCUCAAGCACCAUCCAGAACCCACAAGAUGUUCUGCUCGCUGCGUCUGGCGCCGUUGCUGCCAAGGACUAUUCCAAGGCCGCCGCUCUCUUCACCGAGCUAAUGGAGCGAUGGCCCCAGAUCCCCAAGCAGCUGCCCAUGCUCUCCCGCAGCACAUGCUUCAUGGAAACCAAGGAAUACAGCAAGGCCCUGAGCGACGUCAUCGCCGUUCUCCAGCAGGAAGAUGUCCAGGUGGCCGAGGAGAUCAUCCCAAACUGCUUCUCCACACGGGUGGCCGCGGCCACUCGGGCUGCCCAGAUCUAUACCGCCCUGAAGGACAACGAGAAGGCCACCCUCUACAAGAAGCUCGCCACGGAGCUGGUCGAGCUGAGCGCCCACACGGCCGAUCAGGCCCAGCAGCUCAAGGAGGAGGGCAAUGGGUUUUACAAGCAGUCUCGCCUUCGAGAGGCCCUCGAGCGAUACCAGAAGGCCCUGAAGCUCGAUCCUGCCAACGCCAGCAUCCUGGGCAAUAUCACCCAGACCCUCAUUCGACUGGAUCGCCUGACGGAUGCCAGGCAGUAUGCCAAUCGGUGUGCUGCGGUCCAGCCCGAAUGGCCCAAGGCCUGGUACCGCAAGGGCAUGAUUGAGCUGAAACUGGGCAACUUGGUCGAUGCCCUCAGCGCUUUCCAACAGGGCCUCGCUCAUGCGCCCGACGAUGUGGAUCUGAAGCGGAUUUAUCUCGAGACCUCCAAGAAAGCCGAGAAGGCGAGCCCGGCCAAAGGUGGCCUCGACCAACACUUCCUUGGCAUGAUGAUGGAUCUUCGCCACAACUCAUGGAGCGUUGCCGAGUGGUUCAAGACUCAGUCCGCCCAUAUCCAGUACUGGGAUAUGUCUCGGUUCGACCCGGCAUCGUAUGCGGCGGCCCAGAACAGCGCAAGGUUCAAGAGCAUUGUCACUCGCAUUGCCUCAUUCGCAUCGAACAGCUUCCAGCAGGGUCUGUCCGCCGAGGUAGGUUUGUCCGGGGGCACGCUCACAAGCACGAGCAUCGGGUCACCCUUGAAGGGUGGUGAGUACGGGAAUGGGAGCUAGCUCGCUUGUCGAUCUGGAGGGUAACGAGCAUAUCGUCGACGCAUUGGCACGAUACGAAUCGAUAUCUACAGGCAACCCUGGGC